AUGCUGGAAGAGAAGGAUAUCUUUCGUGACACUUGGGUUAGGUAUUUGGGUUAUGCAAAUGAGGUGGGUGAGUCGUUUCGUGCUGUGGUCCCCGUGCAAGUGGUAAGAGCCAGCUAUGCAGUUGCAUUCGGAUAUGUGCUCGCCGACACUGCAGAUAAAAGUUGGAAGAUGUAUAAAAGAGGCGGAGGUCCUAAGAAAAUAAUAGUGGAAACUGGUGAUGCAUUGCUCUGGCAGACCUUGGCAUCGGUUGCUAUACCGGGACUAGUUAUAAACAGGCUAUGUGCAUUCACCCAGACUCAACUUCAUAGAAAUGCAAGUAAGGUACCCCUUACAACUCGUAAGAUAAUAACGGUGAGUGUGGGUCUCAUAUCUAUACCAUUCAUUAUACAUCCCAUAGAUGCCGGCGUUACUAUUUUCAUGAACAACACUUAUAGGAAAUGGAUUUAG